AAGAGUUGAUGCUAUUAAGAGAUCAGGCACUGAGAUGCGGCAGCAGGAAACUCCGCAGAGGUUCAGUCGUAGUUUAAUCUGAAACAUGGAUUCUCCUGCUGCACUCUCACGUUACCUGUAGCUCAGAGAGCACCUCACAAACCGGGAGCUCACUCUGCCUGUUGUGGACCUUCAUGUGUCAGAGGCAGACAGUGUGUGAGUAAGAUGCAGCUACUGUGCUGACCGACAGCAGCUCGACAAGUCACAACACUGGACAGCUGACGGGGUACGUCUGCGUCCCAGACUUCACUCACACAUUCCAUGGAGCCUCGAUCUAGUUUUUGGCCUCAGUGUGCGAUGUGUGGACCUGCCCUCCUGUGCGGGCUGCUCUGGAUCAUAGGAACAGCUGUUUCCAGGACGCAAGGUCAGGUCAUAGCUCCUGCCAGUCUGAGCGCAGAGGUAGGUCAUUCCCUGCUGCUCGGCUGCAACGUCACCACGCAAACGGGCGACACCGUCCAGCAAGUGCGCUGGCUCUACGAGCGCAAUAAGGUCCUCUUGACGUACGAGCAGAGCGUGCCGGUCCGCGUCAGCCAUCAGGAACCCAACGUGCAGCUCACCGCCUCCGACAACGACGGCAGCUACAUCACCAUCAAGAGGCUGCGUACUGAUGACGAGGGCUGCUACCACUGCAUCUUCGAUGUUUAUCCCAGGGGUCAGCUAGAAGGCACCACGUGCAUCAGCGUCACUGGUAAAGUGAGGCUAGAGGGAAACAAGACGGUGGUGAGCGGGAAGCCGACUACGCUGUCCUGCUGGUACAGCCUGCCCGAGAGGGUGCAUCAGGUGCUGUGGAGGAAGACAACCGAGCAGGGCGACACCGCCACUGUGGCCUCCUACACCAAGGACGGCCACCAGAACAUAGAGAAGCAGUACAGGAGUCGGGUCAGCUUGAGUCAAACCCUGGCCGACACCCAACUGACCAUCCAGGCGGUGAGGACGGAGGACGAGGCCUGCUACACCUGCGAGUUCCACACGUACCCAGACGGCACCAGGAGUGACAGAGCCUGCCUCUCUGUUUAUGUUUUACCAAAACCCGAGGUGAGUCAUGUGACCUCGUCCUCAGGGGUCACUGAGGCCAACUGCACGGCCCAGGCCCGACCUGCAGCAGAGAUCAUGUGGAACAUCGACGGGGACAACCGAACACUUGGACCGCCCAUAUCGUCCUCCUACGACCAGGGCGACGGCACGACGGUGGUGACGAGCACGCUGUUCUUCCAAUCAGCGCUGCUCCAUGAACUGACCUUGGAGUGCGUCGUGCACCACCCGGGUUUGGAGAAACCCCUGACAGUGUCCCUCAACACAAACGUGGGUGCGGCCAUGGUCGUCCUCCUGUCAGUGUGCGGUGUGGCGGUGGUCCUCCUGCUGUGUCUCUGUGUGUGUCUCUGCAAGUGCUUCCUCUGUAUCGACGACUGAUUUGGAGGCCGACGUCACUGCUGCUUUGAUGAAGGUCCAGCGGAGCUCUGAGCCUGACCUAGCUGCUCAGCGUGCAGAGGAAAGGGAACAGAGCUUCCACAGAACUCAGCACUGCUGGGACGAUCCUGCCAGUGCAGACACACGUUUCUCUUGUCAUCUACGACACAGUAAACAGAACUAAAACCACAUUAUUUAAUGCUAGAUAUUACACUUACAGUAGAAAAGUGGCUUUGAUGAUCAAUGAAAUCCUUGUGAUAUGAGUAGAGCGUAUGGCAUCAUGGAGGUCGGGUGGUCUGUGUGUCUGUGUGUGUGUACAAUGUGAUAAGUGAUUUUUUUAUUUUAUUUUGGUUGAUAUAUCAAGAUUGAAUAGAGGUUGUGAAGUUGGUUUGAAGUGUUUUGAACUUUAUUGGGUGGCUUAUUAAGAAAUUCAACUCAUUUAAAUAAAUAAAUAAAUAAAUAAUUUGGUUGGGUAAUUGAUUAGUUGCCAUUCAAUAACAAUACAUAAAAAAUACUUUUUCUAUAUUCCUUUAAAGCUCAUUAAAACAUUUUAAUUCUUUCUACAUGACUUUAACUAAAUUAUGGCUAAAUAAGCUAAAUUAAAGUUGGUUAAGUGUUACUAGGUAUUAUAUUUUUAUAGUUUGCUCAAAAGCUAAUUGUCAAUCAGAUCAUUGUGGGAGUUUGGUUUGAUCAGAUUUGACUGACGGUGAUCUGGCAACAAAAGCAAACCAACCCCACAACUGUUAUCAUAUUUUAAUUGUCACAUUUCUCAAUCCUGAUUGGUGCACAGGCGAAUGUGACAACACGGACGUUUCCAAAUAAAAUAACCAAAACUGUUCUAAGUUUAACAGAUAUUGUUGUCUCCAUGUCUCAUGAGUGAAAAGAUGAUGAGAGAAAUAGUUUUUCAGACCUUUUGAAGAGACAUAUUAUGCAACCUUUCAGGUUCAAAUCUGAAAGGCUUGUUGAGUCCCAUGUUUUCUACAAAGAACUGACUGCGUUGUCUUACUUUGACAGUUUGUGGUUUCACUCCAGAUACACAAAUGUUUGAGCCCAAGCACUGGCAAAGUGAGUUUUUUUUAUGAUAUGUCUCCUUGAAGCUGGCUGAAACUUUAGACAAACGGUCUUGGUCACUGCUGACUAAUUGUUGUUGACCACCACCGGGCGCCACGUCGCCUAAAGAGCCGUUAUUUGUGGUUGUCAAUGAGACGACCCUUUUUGUAAACUGGCAAAGAAGGAUGAUUAAAAGGAUGCCGGACCGAUUCGUAACUAGCAAGUUACAGGAAAUCAAAAAGGCACCAGGGGGGGGGGUGGAGGCUAAAAUGUGACUUUUAGUGGAGCAGCCCUGGUGGGACUCAGACUGAAAGCAUGGGCCUGAGUGGGGAAGAAUGAAAUGUUUGUUAUUUAUAGCUGCUGUGUUGUGCGGGACAGAGAAGGGUCGACCUGUGACCUUCAGGCCCUCGGGGUUAACAGGAUGAACCCUGCAGCUGUUAGUGUGUGUGUGUGUGUGUGUGUGUGGGGGGGGGCAUUGUCGUACAGUAUUACAUGACUUACGUGCCGCACUGUAGGGAGCACCCGUGUUAGAAUUUAACUUUUAAUUUGGGAAAAUAUUAAUAUAGGCCUACGUGUGCUGUGUACGGUAGUUGAUCUCAUUUAUCAGGACAAAAUAUAUAUAUUUUCUAUUAACAAUUAAACUGUUUUAAUGGUUUUACAGUAAAGUCUAUCUGUAUAUAAAGAGGAUUAAAUGUUAAUAAAUGCCUACACUGAAGUUUAAAAAGCUUAGCUCAAUUGUCUACCUGCUGUUUCACCUUUCUCUCCGUUUAAUAAUUAUGUCUUCAGUGUUAGUGUUUUGUUUUUUUGAACAGAAUUCACCUUUUUAGUAUCUGUAAGAGUUGAGAAAUGUUUUUUGUGCACAAGGUGCCGAGAUAAACUGAAGUUCAAAGUGUAUCAGAAAUAAAACUUGAUGCUUUAUCUGCUUUUU